AUGGUCAUUAAAACACUGCCAGUUCCGCAACCAGCCGGUGCACUGCAGAAAAAAUCAUCUCAGCAGUCAGUAUCUGGUCCUCCAUUGAUUCAUAAUGAAUCAGAACGAAAACUUCCUGACGCUGCUGAUUUACGUCGAAUGUGCAUUAUAACGAAGACAGAUUUGGAUCGUAUUUAUGAUAAUUUAACACGUCGUCAACGAGAAAAAGAAUCAGUAAUGACAGAUUACCUCCGCAAAAAAGAAUUGUCUGAAAAAUCGGCACUUGUUACAAAAAACUGGCCAAAUAGUAUCAUUGGUGCACGUGAAAGAAAAAUUGAGUUGAAAAAAAUUCGUGAACAAGAAGACGAAGAGCGAAAAAAAAAACUUGAUAUUGAAGAAGAAAAAUUAGCGGCUGAUCGACGAAAAGAACAGAUAGAAAAGGCGAAGCAAUUGCGAUACUAUGAAACCGAUAAAGUGAAAACAUUUCACGGUGCUCUAUUGCUUGGUGAAGUGUUAAAAGAGCGAGAUUUGCAAAUUGAAAUGAAAAAACGCAUUGAACAAUCAAAACAAUUAGAUGAAGCAGAAACCCGAAAACAGUAUGAGGAAGCACAACGUGAUUUUUAUAAGUUAGAAGCAGAAAAGACGGAAAAGAAAGCCAGAGAGCGUCAACAAUUAGCAGAAUAUCAUAUGGCACAGUGA